UCUUGCUUAAUCAGAGGAAGGGAGGGGAGUGGCUGGGGAACCCGAGACUAGAAUAAGAAGCUGGUGGAGCUGGUCUUCUGUAGCUGCAGCAGCACAAAGGAAGUUCAGUGAUGGCGACUGCUGAUCUGAGAGACGAGCUGAGCUGCUCCAUCUGCCUGAGCAUUUAUACUGAUCCUGUAUCCCUGCCGUGUGGCCAUAACUUCUGCCGGGACUGUAUUGGGACAACAUGGGACACCCAGGAGGGAUCUGGGGCUUAUUCCUGCCCUGAAUGCAAAGAGAAGUAUCAGGAGCGCCCUGCCCUGCACAGGAACAAAACUCUGGGUAACAUAGCAGAGAGAUUCCGUCCAACUGAGACAGAGCCGGGGGAGACUGGGAUCUUCUGCACCUACUGUGUCCUCUCUCCUGUACCUGCUGCUAAAUCCUGUCUCCUGUGUGAGGCUUCUCUGUGUGAUACCCACCUGAGGGGGCACAACAAGUCAGCAGAACAUGUACUGACCCAACCCACCGACUCCUUUAUGGGGAGAAAAUGUUCUGUACAUCACAAGGUUCUGGAGUAUUACUGCUGUGAGGAGUCUGUCUGUGUCUGUGUGUCCUGUUGUCUGGCCGGAGAGCACAGGGGCCACAGGGUGGAGCUGCUGAGUGAGGCCUCUGAGAAGAAGAAAGAGAAACUGAGGAAAGUUCUGGAGAAACUGAGGCCAGAGAGAGAGGAGACUGAGAGAGGAGCCCAGAGACCGCAGGAGCGCAGGAGAGAAGUGGCAGAAAAAGCAGCCGGUGAGACAGAGAAAGUCACUGUUCUGUUUAGAGACAUCAGGGAACAGCUGGAAGCCCUAGAGAAGCGACUCCUGAGUGAAAUCUACAGGCAGAAAGAGGAGCUUUCCCUCCAACUCUCUGAUCUAAUGGAGCAGCUGGAAAUAAAGAAGGACGAGCUGUCCAGGAAGAUCCGUCACAUUGAGGAGCUGUGCAACAUGGCAGAUCCACUCACUGUCCUACAGGAACGGGAAUCACAUGGAGCUGCCUUUUGUGGGGCUGAAGGUGCAGAUAAUGAAGAGGAAUAUGAUACUGAGGAGGAGGAUGAUACUGAGGGGGAGGAUAUAAAGGUCCCUGCUGUAGGGGAUCUGGAUGUGGAUCUGAUCUCAGAGACAUUACUCACAGGCUUAGCUGCCAUUGUGACUGGGGUAAAGAAAAGGGUGAUCCCUGGGCAGGAGGCUACAGACCUGUUACUGGAUAUAAACACGGCUGGGAAUGAUGUAUCUGUAUCAGGGGACAGGAAAUCUGCUUCCCAUUCAGAUAAAGACCAGGGUCGCCCAGAAACCCCAGAGAGAUUUCAGGAUUAUCCUCAGGCUUUAAGCACCAGGAGUUUCUCCUCAGGGCGACAUUACUGGGAAGUGGAGGGCAAUGAAUCAGGGGACUGGAUGGUAGGGGUGGCCUAUCCCAGUAUAGAGAGGGGGGGGAAUGGGUCCUGUAUUGGGGAUGAAAACAAGUCCUGGUGUUUGUUCAGAUGGAAUUAUUAUAAAUAUUCAGUGAGACAUGACAGGAAAGAAAAAGAGUUACGCCACGUCCCUUCCAGCAGGAGAAUCAGGAUCUCACUGGACUAUGAGGCCGGACAUCUGUCCUUUUAUGAGCUGAGUGAGCCAAUCAGACACUUACACACCUUCACUGCCACAUUCACUGAGCCCCUUCAUGCUGCAUUCUGUGUGUGGGAAUUUGAUGCCUGUGUGAGAAUCAUUAGUUAGGACACUACCCAGCAGGAAAUUCAUUCCAGGAUCUGCCCUUACCCUGUGAUAUCAGGAAAGGAAGGGAGUACAGGAGACACAUUGAUGUUGGGCAGUUUCUCUAGCACUUGGGCAGCCAUUUUAACUAAGUGUGACUGAUUUACAAAUACAGGUAUUAACUGACUGCUCAUAUCUAAUUGCUCAUUGGUUGCUAUCGAAAACUGCAAAUGUGCAAUUUAGCACCUGUGUCAGAAUCCUAUCAGACCUAAAAAGUAAUUUCUCCCCCACAAGAAUUACAUUUAUUGAUUAUUGAUGCAACUUAUGAGUUAGGGAACUGCCUUUUCCCUUCCCAUACCAGCCUGGCGCAUUACAACUCCCUGUAACUCCCAGCAGAGCAUGUAUUACACAGGAGUCUCUCUCAGAUGGGCCCUCACUGGAGGAAAGGUUUUAAUAUUUUUAAUAACUUGAUUCUUAAAAUAAUUAACUGUUAAUAUGCUGGAACCUCUAUCAGUCUCUCAAACAUUACUUUAAAAUGGCACUUCCUUGAUGGACACAGGCAGGGUAUUAGUUACAGCCAAUGGCAGUGCUCAGUAACUAGUGCCCAGUCUCACUACCUGAGAUCUCUCUAUCCCUGAGGCUAUGCACUUAAAGGGGUGGUUCACCUUUAAAUUAACUUUUAGUAUGUUAUAGAACAACCAAUUCUAAGCAACUU